AUGCUCCGCCGCAAACCCACAGCCCUCACAAUCACGGCCGAAGACAUUACCUCCUUCGAAGAAUCCCACGCUCGCCGCCUCGCGUACCUCCGCUACAAAAAGACAGGCGACGACCCGGAGGGUCUGUUCCGCAACGGCGCCGGUCCCGAACUUUUACACCAACAGAAUGCGCCCACCGAGUCACAAGCCGCUGGUGAGCAGCAUCAGGCCCAAGCUGCCGUAGUGGAUCCGAACGACGAAUUGAAGCCUUUGCCGGGGGAUAAGGCGCGGAUCGUGAGGGGGAGGGAGGAGCGCAUCAUGGGGACGGGCAGCAACGCGAGAUGA